AUGAAAGUUGGUAGCCAACUUGAUAUCAAUGAUCAGCUUGUUUCCAUCAGUGGAAAUUUCACAUUAGCGUUCAUUAAGCAUUCUAAUAAAUUCUACGUGGGAAUAUGGUACACUGAUGAUGCUGAACAGCGGAAAGUAUGGGUAGCCAAUCCUAAAGCACCAUUCGUAUCCAGGUCGACUGUACUCUCCAUCGACCCAAAUACAGGAAACUUUAUCUUCACUGAUGCAGAUAUGACUCAGCUGUCAAUUACUGACAUUCAAGCAGGUCCAAACCCAAACGUGACUGCAACACUUGAAGACAAUGGUAACUUCCGUCUAAUAAAUGAAACCAACAAAAGGGUUUUGUGGCAGAGUUUUGAUCACCCCACCAAUGUACUUUUACCCGGUAUGAAGCUUGGGUACAACACAAGAACAGGACAGAACUGGACACUGACUUCUUGGCGCUACAAUAAUAUCCCCAGUUCAGGAGCUUUUACUUUGAGCUGGGAACCAAUUAAUGAAUCAUCUCAAAGAUUAAUGAUUCGACAAAGUGGCGAACCGUACUGGACUAGUGGGUUCCUAGAUGCUAAAACAUCUGAGUUUAUGUUCUUACUGAACAAAGAUAUACAAUCUAAGUAUAAUCUCACAUCUGUGUACAACAAUGAAGAACAAUACUUUAGCUACUACAUAGAUGAUGCUGGCUCUGAGGAUACAACUGAUCCUUUUCCCAUGUGGAUUUUGACACCUAACGGGCAGAUUACAAAUUAUAGUAUUUCCAAUCCAUGGACCCCUAAGUUGUGUUACGGGUACAAUUCAAGUAAUGGUUGCCUGAACCCAAGUGUUCCCGUGUGCAGAGGAGAGAACGAUUAUUUUAGUUACCGUUCUGGAGAGUUUAAUCCUCAAACGACGAGAAGUAGUACUGAUAGUAAUUUGAGCAUAAGCAUUAGAGAUUGUUUUGUCAAGUGUUGGAAUGAUUGCAUCUGUGUGGGGUUUAAUAGCAGUAACACCAACGGAACCGGUUGUGUUAUUUGGACCGGAAGCAAUAACUUUUCUGUUGAUGGAGGAGGAGACUAUUCUACAAUGAAGUAUGUGAUCAGCUCCCAAAGUCCUAAUACAGGUCAUGAUCUUGGAAACAAAACAGAAAAAAACAUGAAACUGAUAUUGACACUCACUAUUGUGCCAUUGUUCCUCGGUUUGGGGCUUUUAUGGUUUAUGAAGAAGCAAAAACAAAAACGAAAAGAGUACAUGAGAAGGAAAAGAGAUGAAUAUUUUCUAGAGUUAGCAGCUUCUGAAAGCUUCAAGGAUGUACAUCAGAUUGAGAGUGAUGGCCGUUAUGGAGAUCUGUUAUUGUUUAGCCUUGCUUCUAUGAUGACUGCCACCAGUGAUUUCUCACCUGACAAUAAGCUCGGACAAGGUGGUUUUGGACCUGUUUACAAGGGAAAACUAAACGAUGGGCAAGAAAUUGCAAUCAAAAGGCUUUCAAGGUUAUCUGGGCAAGGGCUUGUGGAAUUCAAGAAUGAACUAAUUCUCAUAGCUAAACUCCAGCAUACAAAUCUUGUUCGGAUUCUUGGUUGUUGCAUUCAAGGGGAAGAAAAGAUGUUGAUCUAUGAGUAUAUGCCGAACAAAAGCUUAGAUUUCUUUCUCUUUAGGUUUAGUAUCAUUGAAGGUGUUGCUCAGGGGUUGCUAUAUCUGCAUAAGCACUCAAGAAUGAGAGUUAUUCAUAGAGAUAUUAAACCUAAUAACAUUCUGUUAGACGAGCAUAUGAUGCCAAAGAUUUCGGAUUUUGGUAUGGCAAGAAUAUUCAAUCAAAAUGAGACUCAAGCGAUGACUAAUAGGGUGGUCCGAACAUAUGGUUACAUGUCUCCAGAGUAUGCAAUGGAAGGAACUUUUUCUAUCAAGUCUGAUAUCUUCAGUUUUGGGGUGUUGAUCCUGGAAAUCAUUAGUGGAAGAAGAAAUAUUAGCUUUGUUUAUCUUGAUCGGACAGUAAAUCUUCUUGGAUACAUAAGUGCAUGGGAGCUAUGGCAGCAAGGGAAUGCGAUGCAGUUGGAGGAUCCAACCCUUGGAGGUACUUGCGUCGUACAACAGUUCUUAAGGACUUUUCAUGUUGCACUUCUCUGUGUCCAAGAAAGCGCAACUGAUAGACCAACGACUUCGGAUAUGAUCUCCAUGUUUCUCAAUGACACCAUAUCGUUGCCUACUCCAAAAAGACCAGCAUUCUUCACUGGUAGAGUCGAGUCUAAUUCAAGGCCGUUCCUAGGUUUUUGGAGACCCUAAGCGAACUAUGAAGUAGAGGCCCUAAUUUCGCCGAUAAACUCCUCCAAUCCUAACGCAAUGGGUGAUUGCCCUUACUUUUUUCGUUUCGUGAUAGCCGCUAGCCUAGAAAUUGAAAGCAGGUUGCGAUGGGAAGUGGGAACGAUGAUUACGGCUGUAUUUAGGGGCUUUAGGCCGCUAAAUAUUGAUGACUAGGUCGAUGGUUGUUGUGUUGUAAUAGUUGGGAAUUAAGGCGAAAUGAGUUUUGAAACCUGACAUUUGUUUGCUAAACAAUAUUUA